AUGCGGCCAGUGGUGUCACUUAGAGUCGUGGAGACACGACCUGAACCCCCCACCCACCCCGAGCCUGUGACCCGAGGGGCCGCCUCCCAUGGUCCCCACUGCCAGUACACCAUCCUCCCAGCACCCCAGGCCCAGCGACCCCCAGAAAAGAAGAGAGACUCCAAGGGCUUCCUGAGGGUCAGGGUGUUCUCCUGGUUCUGGAGACCCCCGAGGACUUGCUGGGGGUCGUGUGUCCCCUGGUCCUGGACCACCAAGUCCUUCGAGCUUGGUGGUGGGGGGGAAGUGUUUGCACGGCAAGUGUGA